CACGCGUAUUUUGUGAGUCAUUUUAUUAUUAGUAUUCUUUCUAUCGUCGUGAAAAGUAUGUGUUGUGCCUCUUUCUUUAAUUAAAACCACUCUUUUAUUUCGUGAUAUUAGUAUAAUUUGGACCAUCUUUUUUAUUUGGAUUCGUCACGCGAUGUUACCGUGAUACACCCUCUCCAGAUGUCUGUCUCUGGCAUAUAAAAAUACCUUAUAUAAUAGUGAAAAAAACUCGUUUACUUUAUUACACAAAAAAUGACAAGAAAAAGUUCGAAAUUGAAAAGCGACAUAAUGCAGUGCUGUUAAAAAAGAAAAGAAAGUGAUUAUAAACCGAUAAAGUGAAUGUGAAUGGAGUUCGAAAAUGGAAGACAACUCGACUAUCGAAAAUCAUGCCAACAUGACCACUGUAGUUUUUCCUUCGGAGGCAGCAAUAUUGGCAGCAGUAUGCGCCUGUCUCUUCAGCAUAGUGGGAGUAGUCGGCAACUUCAUAACAACAGUAGCGCUGCUAAUGCACCCGAAACUCCGCGGACAUGUCACAACGAUGUUCGUGUUGUCUCUCUGCGUGUCAGACCUACUGUUCUGUAGCAUCAAUCUACCCCUGACCGCCAGCCGGUACAUAAACCAAAACUGGCCGUUCGGGCUGCAGCUCUGUCAGCUCUUCGCGUUCGUGUUUUACGGCAACGAGGCGGUGUCACUGCUGAGCAUGGUCGCUAUUACUAUUAACCGAUACACACUGAUCGCGUAUUACGACAUGUACGCCCAGAUAUACACCACCACUAGGAUCUGGGUGCAGCUGCUGCUCAUCUGGCUCGUCUCCUUCGGUCUAAUGGUCCCGCCUCUACUAGGCAUCUGGGGCCAACUAGGCUUGGAUCGGGAGACGUAUUCCUGCACGAUAUUGCCCAAAGACAACAAGUCUCCGAAGAAAUAUUUGUUCGUGUUCGGAUUCGCCCUGCCGUGUGUGGUCAUCAUUGUGUCCUAUUCGUGCAUUUAUUGGCGCGUGAGACAGAGCAAACGGAACCUGGAAGGACGCAGGUGUGUAUGCGGGUGAGGAUCUAACAUUUUCUUGACGGUGAUGGGUUUUUGAAAUGGUUUUUUAGUCGAGUGCCAACACAAUUAAUACCCUGGCGCCCUCUAGUAUGUACAUGAUCAAAAUGAAAUUCUUAGGGUGCGUGCACGCUAAGAAAUUCGACGUGACUGGUACAGAAAAGACGAGAAUGGUCCUGUACACGACAAGAACUUUUUUUAAACCACUCAUAACCUCGCACUAGGGAAACCCUGUGUCGCGGGCGCCAUGAACACACACAUA